CGGAGACUAGCCCCAGGCACCGGGACCCUACUGGGGUUGGGCGGGCUUCAUCUGGGAGGGGCUUGUCGGUGGGUCCCGGGGUCCCCUCCCCCACCCGCCGAGGCGAUGGAUGAGGACGGGCUUCCCCUCAUGGGGUCAGGCAUAGACCUGACCAAGGUGCCAGCUAUCCAACAGAAAAGAACGGUGGCAUUUCUAAACCAAUUUGUGGUGCAUACUGUGCAGUUCCUCAACCGCUUUUCUACAGUUUGUGAGGAGAAACUGGCAGACCUUUCUCUCCGUAUCCAACAAAUUGAAACAACUCUCAAUAUUCUGGAUGCAAAGCUGUCUUCUAUCCCAGGCCUAGAUGAUGUCACAAUUGAAGCAUCUCCUGUAAGCAUCACUAAUGUCACAAAUGGAUCCCAUUCAGAACCCACUUCAGAGCAGCCACAGCAGAACAGUACACAAGACUCUGGACCACAGGAAAGUGAAGUAUCAUCAGACAAUAUCUUAACUGUAGCCAAGGAUCCACGAUAUGCCAGAUAUCUCAAAAUGGUUCAAGUGGGUGUUCCAGUGAUGGCAAUAAGAAACAAAAUGAUAUCAGAAGGACUGGAUCCAGAUCUUCUUGAGAAGCCAGAUGCCCCAGUGCCGGAUGGAGAAAGUGAGAAAAAUGUAGAAGAAAGCUCAGACAGCGAAUCUUCCUUCAGUGACUAAGCUGGGAUUUUGACAAGAAUCAUGCAGACUUGGGAAGGGUACACUUACAUUCUUUGAGGCUGAACUUUUAGUCAUAAAACACCAAAUGGCCAUAUACCCACUGCCAGCCUUGCUCUGUGUUAUAAUAGUAAUAAAGCAUUUAUAACCUGUCAGAAUGUCUUGUUACCAAAAUAAAGUCCUUCAAAACUAAAAA